AUUCAAUAUUCUUCUUAUCUUUUUUGGAAAAAGACUACAAAACUAUAAAAAUUAACAGCUAAUACCCGCCGCGAUUUGAUGCAAGUAUACAACAGACAAGAAGAUAAGUUUAAUCAAUAAUCAUUAUUAAACUUGAGAAGCACAAAACUAACCUUAUUAUUAAUUCUUUAACCCUAUUUUUCUAUUUAAUUAGUUAGGAGUUUCUCUCUAUCUCUUCUUUCUCAUACCUCCUUUUGUGUAGGCCCUUGUGAAGGCCUCCUCCCAUUUGAGUUGCUUCUCCACUGUAAGAUGACAGCCUAAUAAUCAAACCAGCCUGUAAAGAGCUAUAGAGAGAGGGAGAGAGAGAGAGGGGAGAAACUUGCAGAAAGUACCACUUGAAAAGUCUCUGCCUUUUCCUUUUCUGUUCUUUGCUCUCCAGAGUUCUUGAUUGGUUCCUGUUUCGUCCCAAAACACACACAUUCUUGAACUGGGUUUCCGCCAUGUGAAUCCAAACCCAAAGCUUUUAAUCAAAUCCACAUUCUUUUGCUGCCUCUUCAAGAGCAAUCUCAAGAAACAGCUCUUCCUUUUUUGGCUUCAAGAUUCUCACCAAAACUACAAGAUCUACAAAAUGGUGUUCAUCAUUACAAAACCAUUUCUUGUUCUUUUGUUCCUUUCUUGUUAUACUUCAUCUGCUUUGUUCACUCCGCCUGACAACUACUUGAUUUCUUGCGGCUCAUCGCAAAACAUAACGUAUCAAGGCAGAACCUUUGUUCCAGAUUCUCUCCACUCAUCUCUCCUCCUCAAAACCGGAAACUCCUCCGUAGCAACAACAUCCACCUCCAACGCCAGCAUCUCGAUCUACCAAACCGCUCGCGUCUUCUCCGGUUUAGCCUCGUACCGGUUCAAAAUCACAUCAUUGGGUCGACAUUGGAUCCGUCUCCAUUUCUCACCAAUCAAGAACUCCACCUGGAACUUGAACUCCGCGUCAAUCACAGCCGUAACAGACGACUUCGUCCUCAUCAACAACUUCUCAUUCAAGAACCACAACGGCUCCUACAUCUUCAAAGAGUUCGCAGUCAACGUCACUUCAGAUCUCUUGACUUUAACCUUCAUCCCUUCCAACGGUUCGGUAGUGUUCGUCAACGCGAUUGAAGUCGUCUCUGUUCCGGACAGCCUCAUCCCCGACCAAGCUCUGGCUCUAAACCCUUCCUCUCCUUUCACCGGUCUCUCCCACCUCGCGUUCGAAACAGUCUACAGAUUAAACAUGGGAGGACCCUUGUUGACUUCCGAGAACGACACUCUUGGGAGACAAUGGGAGAACGACGCCAAGUACCUCCACGUGAACAGCUCCGUUCUCGUCGUCACGGCGAACCCUUCUUCCAUCAAGUACUCUGCUUCCGUGACGCAAGAGACAGCUCCCAACAUGGUUUACGCUACCGCUGACACGAUGGGUGAAGAAGCCAACGUAGCGAGCCCGAGCUUCAACGUGACUUGGGUUCUCCCUGUGGAGCCAGAGUUCAGGUACUUUGUCCGUGUUCAUUUCUGCGAUGUCGUGAGCCAAGCUUUGAACACGCUCGUCUUCAAUCUAUACGUUAACGAUGAUCUCGCACUUGGAAGCCUUGAUUUGUCCACGUUGACUAACGGUCUUAACGUUCCUUACUUUAAAGACUUUAUCUCCAACGCUUCCGUUGAGUCUCCCCGUGUGUUGACCGUUAGCGUUGGGCCUGAUUCUCAAGCUGAUAUCACCAACGCGACUAUGAAUGGGUUAGAGGUUUUGAAGAUUAGUAACGAAGCUAAGAGCUUAAGCGGUUUGUCUUCAGUUAAGUCUCUCCUCCCUGGAGGAUCAGAUUCCAAGAAAACGGAAGUGAUCAUCGGUUCCGCGGUUGGCGCGUUUGCAGCGGUUCUGCUAAUCGCGGUUUGUUGCUACUGCUGUUUAGCCGCUUCGAGGAAGAAACGUUUGACGAGUCCUCAAGAAAACGGUAACGGUAACGGACAUCCGUGGUUGCCGUUGCCGUUAUACGGACUCUCUCAGACUCUCACUAAAUCAACAGCUUCUCACAAGAGCAACACCGCGAGCUGCAUCUCCUUAGCUUCCACUCAUCUCGGCCGUGUCUUUAUGUUCCAAGAAAUCAUGGACGCUACCAACAAGUUCGACGAGAGCUCGCUGCUCGGUGUCGGCGGGUUCGGUCGCGUCUACAAAGGGACGUUGGAGGAUGGGACUAAAGUCGCGGUUAAACGAGGGAACCCGAGGUCAGAGCAAGGCAUGGCUGAGUUCAGAACCGAGAUCGAAAUGCUGUCCAAACUCAGACAUAGACAUCUAGUAUCCCUGAUUGGUUACUGCGAUGAGAGGUCGGAGAUGAUUCUUGUCUACGAGUACAUGGCCAAUGGACCGUUGAGGAGUCAUCUCUACGGAGCUGAGCUUCCUCCACUGUCGUGGAAACAAAGACUAGAGAUCUGCAUCGGCGCGGCGAGAGGGCUGCAUUACCUACACACCGGCGCGUCGCAGAGCAUCAUACACCGCGACGUGAAGACAACAAACAUCUUACUAGACGAGAAUUUAGUCGCGAAGGUCGCGGACUUUGGUCUGUCCAAAACCGGACCUUCGCUAGACCAAACCCAUGUGAGCACUGCGGUUAAAGGAAGCUUCGGGUAUCUCGACCCGGAGUACUUCAGGAGACAGCAGUUAACCGAGAAGUCAGACGUGUACUCGUUCGGGGUUGUUUUGAUGGAAGUGCUCUGCUGCAGACCGGCUUUAAACCCGGUUUUGCCUAGGGAGCAAGUGAACAUAGCUGAAUGGGCAAUGGCGUGGCAGAAGAAGGGUCUUCUCGAUCAGAUCAUGGACAGUAACUUAACGGGGAAAGUGAACCCUGCGUCGCUUAAGAAGUUUGGUGAAACUGCGGAGAAGUGUUUGGCGGAGUACGGUGUGGAUAGGCCGUCCAUGGGAGAUGUGUUGUGGAACUUGGAGUACGCGUUGCAGCUUGAAGAGACGUCGUCGGCUUUGAUGGAGGCUGAUGAUAAUAGUACGAACCAUAUCCCUGGGAUACCGAUGGCGCCAAUGGAGCCGUUUGAUAAUAGUAUGAGUAUGAUGGAGAGAGGAGGAGGUAACUCCGGGACGGGGACUGAUGAUGAUGCGGAAGAUGCGACUACGAGUGCUGUGUUUUCGCAGCUUGUCCAUCCUCGUGGAAGGUAGAAGAUGAAUGAUACAACAUUUGGUGAAAAAAUGCAGAGACAGACAUUGUUUGUUUUUGAAAUUUUACAGGAAAGAAAGAAAUUUAUAAAAAAGACUUGAUUCAUUCAGAUGAUUUAUUUCGAAUUUCAUAUAAUUUGUUAUGUAAUAUAGUGAGUGUUGAUGUUUUUAAAGCAAUCAAGAAUCAGAAUGUGAUUAUUUAUAUUUAACUGUUUUAAAGUUA